GUUGCUGAGUCCUCGUGCGUGGUCAUGAUCCCACAGUCUCUGGAUGAAGCCGGACGUACUGCCGACUACAUAUUUCUUGGGAGAGAGAACACUUCGAUACCAUUCACCAACGAGACUACGACCCUGAUCGCGGGAAGCAGUCCUGGCUCUGAUUCUCUGACUGUUUUCUUUCCCCAGUACAACGCCAGCGUGGAAGAAGUGGUACUGUACAGCGAUUAUGCUUCGUGCGACAUACUUGGGGUUGGCGCAGGCCCUGAUGGAGACGUUCUUUGGUAUUACGAAGAUGCCACAACAGCCCAGAAAGAAACCUGUUGGAGCACUUACAUGAAUAUCACCAUGGCCAACAACUACACAGCUUACCCAGCUGAGUCCUGCUCUAUUCCGUAGCUACGAACU